AUGGCAACCUACGGCGACCCCCCACCACCCCCUCUCCCCUCCACAUCCGCCUCCAAAUCCCGCAAGAAAGCGCCCCAGGCCGUGCUCUCCGACUUCUGGGCCUCCUUCCACUCAAAACACCAGGGCAAGGUGACCUCCAUCUUCCCCCGCGUCCUCUACGCCUCCCUCCUGCCCACCGACCCGUCCCCGCGCGACGGCGCCUCCUCCUCCCUCAACGCCGCCCGCUCCUACGAGGCCGCCGCCGCCGACUGCCGCGCCAAAGUCAAGCGCAUCGUCCGUGAGUGCGAGCGCACAAACGAGAAGUUCACCGACCCAGACUUCGACAUCGAGCACGACCCGGAGUCCAACUGCCUCAACGGCCUCGUCCGCGACGGCGACGGCGGCAUCGGCGAUGCCUCCGGUGCCGUCGGCGUCAGCGCCUGGGACGUUAAGAACUCCCUCGACACCCUGACCGCCGCGCAGGUCCUCGGCCCGAACUCCACCAUCCCCAUCGACCCCGCCGCCGUGUCCCGCUUCCUGGGCGGCGCCGGCGACAUGUGGAGCCCGUUCGGCAACAUCUCCACCUCCAACCCCAACUCCGGCGCCGCCAAACAAUCUGCCCAGAACCCUCGCACCCGCGGCAUCAGCAGCUCGCGCGGCGUCAAGGGCUCGGAGUGGUACAACCCAGGCUCCAUCCACCGCGUCGACUGGAUCUUCGAGUCGCCGCAGUUCACCGUCAACGGCUACUCCUCCUCGGACAUCAAGCAGGGCGCCAACGGCGACUGCUGGUGGCUCGCGGCCGUCGCGACCAUCGCGCACCGCCGCGACCUCAUGACGCGCGUCUGCGUCGCCCGCGACGAGGAGUGCGGCGUCUACGGCUUCGUCUUCCAGCGCGACGGCGAGUGGGUCUCCGCUGUCGUCGACGACAACCUCUACCUCAAGGACAACGACUUCGACUACUAUUCGGACGUCUACGACGCCUCGGGCAAGAAGGCCCGCCUCCACCGCAAGCGCAACCAGACCGGCAGCGACGCGCUGUACUUCGCGCGUUGCGAGGACCAGAACGAGACCUGGCUGCCGCUGCUCGAGAAGGCGUACGCCAAGGUCCACGGCGACUACGAGGCCAUCUCGGGCGGCUGGCCCGGCGAGGCCGUCGAGGACAUGACGGGCGGCGUCACCUCCACCAUCGCGACGAACCGCGUCCUGCGCAAGGACAAGCUGUGGCGCGAGCUCGUCAAUGCCGACGGCGAGUUCGUCUUCGCCCUCGCGGCCAUGGGCACCGGCUGGGACUGGCAGAAGUCUGGCCUCGCGCUCGGCCACGCCUACUCCAUCCUCCAAUCGCGCGAGGAGGUCGACGAGGACGGGAAGCGGGUGCGCCUCGUGCAGAUCCGCAACCCGUGGGGCGAGCGCUCCGAGUCCGGGCUCGGCGAGUGGAACGGCCCCUGGUCCGACGGCAGCAAGGAGUGGACGCCGUACUGGCUCAAGAAGAUGGACCACAAGUUCGGCGACGACGGGCUCUUCUGGAUGGCGUACGAGGACAUGCUCUCCACCUUCAUGUACAUCCACCGCACGCGGCUCUUCGACGAGAAGUGGACCGUCGUGCAGCAGUGGACAUCCGCCAACGUGUCGUGGGUCACGGGCUUCCUGCAGACAAAGUUCGUCGUCGAGGUGAAGAAGGCCGGCACCGCCGUCAUCGUGCUCACGCAGCUCGACGACCGCUACUUCAAGGGCUUCGAGGGGCAGUACUACUUCGAGCUGCACUUCGUCCUGCAAAAGACGGACGGCAGCAACACCUCUUCAGAGCCCGAGCAGAUCUGCCGCGUGCGCCCCGUGCACAAGUGGGAGAACCGCUCCGUCAGCUGCGAAGUCACCCUCGACCCGGGCACCUACGAGGUCCUCCCCAAAGUGACCGCGACGCGGCACAACGCGGCGCGCACGGUGGAGGACAUCGUCAAGGACUACGCGGAGAGCAACCCGCAGAAGCUGCGGCAGGUGGGGCUACAGUACGACAUCGCGCACGCCAAGGGCGGCGUCGUCGACGAGGACGAGAUCCUCGAGAAGAAGAAGGCCGAGGCCAAGAAGAAGAAGGAGGACAAGAAGGCCAAGCGGAAGAGGAAGCAGAAGAAGGCGUUGGUGGUCGCGGCCAAGGCCCUCGAGGAGAGCGCCAAGGUCGUCUCGGAGCUUGCCGAGGGCGGCGACAAGAAGGACGACAAGAAGAAGGAGACGGCCGCGACGGCCAAGAAGGAGGAGGGCAAGGAGAAGGAGAAGGACGGAGACUGGACCGAGGUCAAGGACUCUGACAAGGAAUCCACCGGCAGCACGGGGCUCAAGUCGCCGCCGCCGGAGGACAAGCCCGCGACGUCGCCAUCGACUGCUGGCGCUAAACCCGGCGAUGCGCCUGCCCCCGAGCCAAAGAAAGAUGAGGACAAGCAGGAGGAAGAAAAGAAGGAGGAGAAGAAGGAGGAGGCUUCUGAGGAGGCCAAGCCAAGUGAGACCGAGGAGAAGACUGAAGAUGCCGAGGUGCAGACAGAGGAUGCCCCCGUUGAGGCUGUCGAGGAGGAGGAAGAAUCCGAUUCCGACUCCGAGACCGAGUCUGUCGUCGACGACGGCGAAGAGCCUGUGAACCCCCCUUGGAACGCCGUAUGCGUUCUUGGUCUUCGCGUCUAUGCUGAGGACCCGGAGGUGGCCAUCAAGCUCGUCAAGCCGGCCGAUGAUGAGGAGGCUUCUGCGUUGACUACUGAAGGUGAGCCCGCUGGUGCUACCGCGUAG